UGACGUUGCAGUUUUCUUUUACGUCGGUCGAGUUACAUAAAUAGAACGUGCGAGCGUUCUUUCGUAUCGUGAAGUGUGUGGAAAUAGUCUGUUUAUAAGGUGAAUUCUACGCAAAAAUGUCUGGAAGAGGCAAAGGAGGAAAGGGAUUAGGAAAAGGAGGCGCAAAGCGACAUCGUAAAGUCCUUCGUGACAACAUUCAAGGCAUCACUAAACCCGCCAUUCGUCGUUUAGCCAGACGUGGGGGUGUUAAACGUAUCUCCGGUCUUAUCUACGAGGAAACUCGUGGCGUGUUGAAAGUCUUUCUGGAGAAUGUGAUUCGUGAUGCUGUGACCUAUACAGAACACGCUAAAAGGAAAACUGUGACCGCUAUGGAUGUUGUGUACGCUUUGAAGAGGCAAGGACGUACUCUUUAUGGAUUUGGUGGAUAAGUGUUUUCUUCUCCUAUCCUGGAACAUUUUUGGCCGAUUUUUUGUAACUAAGAAUAAGUAUUAUGUAUAUUCAGCAUUUUAAAUCUUUAUAAAUUAUAUGUAGACUUGUGUUUUUUCUUAAUCUCUUGCUCAAAAUUUCGUAAAUAAAAAAAUAAAUUUUUA